CCCUGUGGGCACAAGCCAGACCGACUGUGUCUUCCUCUGCUGCAGUCACGCCAAAACCCCCCAGGCUUUCACGCAGCAUCAAUAUUCAAGGGCUGACAGUUGGUGCCUUUCUUUGUAGCAUUAGUAACAGCCGCUAAGGUAACAAUUUUGGCAGCACAGACUGUAGCACAACCAAUGUGUUAAGCGAGUGUGUGUAAUUUGGCCUGCUCGUCCCUGGGCAGGAACAGCGCAGGAGUUGUGUUACACUGCCUGACAGGCCUUAUACAUGUUUCAUCUGCUGCUCUCAGAACAGAAGCCCCCUUUGUUAUCUAAUCCAGCCUUCUCUCUAGCCUGAGACUGAGUUUAGCGCCAGAAGACUGCUCUUCACAGUCUGUCAUCCAGCCGGUGGGCCGAUACAUAUCAACCAACAGCUGAGGAGCAGCAGAGGGACCUGCUCAGGCCCCAGAUAUCUGCUAUCAGGACUUCUCAGCCUCUCUCUCAGACCAUUGGCUGGCACACAGACAGAGCUUUCAAGUAAACAAGAGGAACUGUGGGGCAGUGUGAAGUCCAUGAAACAUUUUCAAGGAUCCUUUUUGUGCUUUAUCUCCUCGGCACUACACCUCAAAGUUUCUGUAGCUUACCACCGUUCAUGCUGCAGAAUUGCAAGAAGGCAGUUCUUGUAAACGGAGCUCUAAAGUGUUUUGGUGGUUGUUACCGCACAUCAGUGAGCUAGUCAGGACCAUGAGUGACACACUCAGACCGCCUUCACUCCAGGUGAGUGUCCCAAUUGACGCUCCAGCCUACUCGGAUGGAAACGCCGUGUCAGACGGGUGCGUGCGAUCCAGCUCCUCAACCCCAACUCUUCGGCGCAAGCGUUUCAAGAUGCGCCGUAUGAGGAACGUGCCCAGCGAGAGGGAGCUGGAAAGAGGGCAGCUGAACGGCAAUCACCUCACAGCCCAGUCCCACUCUGGCUCUAAGGAAUACCUCCAGCUGCCUUCCAUUGAGAUCACGCCAUCCAGCGAUGAAGAUGCCCCCUCUUCCUGGUCCAGCUGCUCCACACCCAGCGCCUCCCCGCGCCGCAAGCGUUUCCUGUUGAGGAAAUGGCUGAAGGUCCGAGAGAAGAAGGAACAAGGCAGCGAGAGCAGCAGCCAACAGAGCAGCCAGCAGAGCAGCCAGCAGAGCAGCCAUGAAGACGACAGCAGUCGCUUCCUGACUCCAUUGAUCCAAGAGGAAAGGUCUGACAGUGCAGCGGACAAAUUCAGCACUGCCAGUAACUCAAACAAGAGCACGCCUGCCUGCUCACCAGUCCUGCGCAAACGUUCACGCUCUCCCACGCCACAGACCCAGGAGGGCGAGAACAUGGUGGAGAAGGGUUCAGACCACUCCUCUGACAAGUCCCCUUCCACACCCGAGCAGGUCGUCCAGAGAACGUACUCCCUGCAGUCAGCUCGAAGCGGCGGAAAGAACUCGAAGUCUCACAAGCGACUUUCCAAAUAUGACAGACUAAACCUGAUUAAAAAGAGCCAAAGCUGGUACAACGUGCUGAGUCCGACAUACAAGCAGCGCAAUGAGGACUUUAGGAAACUCUUCAAGCAGCUCCCUGACACAGAGAGACUCAUUGUGGACUACUCCUGUGCUCUUCAACGUGACAUCCUGCUUCAGGGACGACUCUACCUCUCUGAAAACUGGAUUUGUUUCUAUAGCAACAUCUUCCGCUGGGAAACACUGCUGACCGUGCGGCUAAAGGACAUCUGCUCGAUGACGAAAGAGAAGACUGCCCGCCUCAUUCCCAAUGCCAUCCAGGUCUGCACAGAUACUGAGAAGCACUUUUUCACCUCGUUUGGAGCCCGGGACCGGACAUACAUGAUGAUGUUCAGACUGUGGCAGAAUGCACUGUUGGACAAGCCUCUGUGCCCCAAAGAACUGUGGCACUUUGUUCAUCAGUGCUAUGGCAACGAGCUUGGCCUAACCAGUGACGACGAGGACUAUGUUCCCCCAGAUGAUGACUUCAACACAAUGGGGUUCAGUGAAGAGAUUCCCAACGAAGAGAACGAGAUCAACACUGACAACUUGUCUAAGAGCAGCACUGAGGCCAAACCUGAAGGGAGCCCUCCUCUGCUACACAAGAAGAUGGUUCCGAACAGCACCCUCCCCAGCCCAGGCAACCAUGACACACAUAUUACAUUUGACCUCCCGGCAGAGGAGUUUGCAGACUGCCUGCCUGAUGGCGAGCUGCUGACCGUGCCACUGGUGGUGGAAGAGAAGAACAAUGAUGCCAGCAGGCCUGGUGGCAUUGUGCCCUCGCCCUCACUCGACUUCAACGACAACGAGGACCUCCCCACUGAGCUCAGUGACUCCUCAGAAACACACGACGAAGGUGAAGUGCAAGCUUUCCACGAGGACCUGAACGGCAGGCAGCACAUCAACGAGAUCUACAAGUUCAGUGUGGACAAGCUCUACGGCAUCCUUUUCACCGAGUCCCAGUUCAUGAGUGACUUCAUGGAGCAGAGGCGAUUUUCAGACGUGGUCUACCACCCAUGGAAGAAGGAGGAGGCUGGGAACCAGACCCGGGAGAUCUUGUACACCAUCUCUUUGUCCAACCCUUUGGCCCCUAAAACAGCCACAGUCACAGAGACACAGACUCUGUACAAAGCCAGUCAGGAGAGCGAGUGUUACAUCAUCGACGCCGAGGUCGUCACGCAUGACGUUCCUUACCACGAUUACUUCUACACUCUGAACCGCUACAUGCUCACCAGGGUAGCCAAGAACAAAUGUCGGUUACGGGUGUCGACAGAGCUGCGCUACAGAAAACAGCCGUGGGGGUUGGUGAAAGGUUUCAUAGAGAAAAACUUCUGGAGUGGACUCGAAGAAAACUUCCGCCAUCUUGAGUUGGAGCUGUCGAAGCUGGAGGAGAUACUGUUGGAGACCCACCAGCUGUCACCGAAGGCCAAGGUGGUGAAGAACUCCACGGUGAGGCGGAAGAAGAGGCCGCUCCCCCACCUGCGCAGCCAGCAUCUCGAUGAGGCGCUUAGCCCCGUUACCACGCCGACGGACGAAGAUGUCAUUCAGAGGAUCAAACAAGUGGCAGGAUCCACACAGACCAGACACCAGAGUCCAGAACACCAUCACCUGCCUGGAGGCCUUGCCCUGUACAGUGUCUCCAAAAUGCUGCUCAUCAUUAGCUUUGUGAUCUGUUUAAGCUUGGUGCUGCUGGUGUUCCUCAACAUGAUGCUUUUCUACAAGCUGUGGAUGCUGGAGUAUUCUGCACAGUCCUUAACAACAUGGCAAGGUCUACGGCUACAUGAAAGUAAACUGCCGCAGACACAGAUGGAGUGGGCCCAGCUCCUGGAGGCGCAGCAGCGUUACCAUGACACCGAGCUGCAAAAGUGGAGGGAGAUUAUCAAGUCGUCAGUGCUGCUGCUAGACCAGAUGAAAGACUCUUUGUUAAACCUCCAGAGAGGCAUUGGUUUAAGUGACUACAGCUCUGAGGCAGAGGACAAGAGAAGUCACUAUCACUAACGCAACCACCACAACCAGGCCACGAGGGCGCGCUGUGCAAUUUAGGACCUGUUUUGUUUGUGAAACAGUACACAGGCGGCAGCAAGACAGAGCGAGAAAGCGGGACCAAUGGUGAGCUGGUCCAACAGAGACAAAGAGAGGAGCCGAGGGUCACCAGCACACAGAGGGUAACACACAUGCCCUCCCCAGAAUAGGAAGUCAUUGAUAGAAAGUUCCCCCCAUUACACACAGAAACGGAGGUGCAUCACUGAGGCAUUGUGGGAAGGUGCACGGUCUUGCAUCUUCUCCACGCUUGCGGGAUAACCAUAUCCUUUUAUUCUCUUUAUGUCCGAGUGCACCAUACUGUAAGCCAUGUCGACCAGGAGAGCGGCAGAGAGCAGGAAGGAAAGCUACUGCAUGCGUUUAGACAACCUAGCUCCCCUCAGUCGCUGUUUAUGUGGUCCAGUUCCAGUCUAUGUGUGUCAAAAAAAAAAAGAAGAACAGAAAAAGAUGAGAGAUCAAGUUAAAGGAAAGGGGGUCCUUUCGAGUCUUAAUGGCUUUCUACACUCUCUCGACUGUUCCAAAACCAAUCGUCCCCUAGGUGUCCUCGCUGCAGCGUCCCUUUGAUAAACCUCCUGGCAACCAGAGUGCAGCAUCUCCCCACAAUCAAAAACAAGCAAAAGUAUUGUAGUUGCAGGCUGCUUCUCUUGUUUGACCCUGGCCUGUGUGGCCUCUGUCAGGGCUGGUUCCCUGUCAGACAGUCAGUCAGUCAGUCAGUUGUGUUCAAAUAUUCAAAAGGAGAAGAAUCUAAAGCUGGAGAAGACCUAAGCAAAUGUUUUUAACUUCAUACGCAAUUGUCACGUGAUCAGUUCCUCUGCCACAGUGUUAAAUACCUGACUCUGUGUUACUCCUCGAAUGUAUUAGCCUGGACAAAAUGGCCAGACUUUGGUCACAAGUUCUUGUUCUUGUGAACAGCAAAGAGAUGCUGCAGCCGGACCAGUAGAGGGACCUGUGUUCUUACUUGUUUUAUUACUAAACUGUGAUUAUAUCUCUUUAAAAAUGUUUCAAAUGAUAGAAAGAAUUCUAUGAAUAUAUUUGAAAUACAUAAGAAUAUUUCAUUAUUUAAUACAUAUAUUUCAAAAUAUAUAAACAUUACCUAUAUUUAUUGUUAAUUUAUGUACAUAAAGAAAUGAUCAGCUCUCCAGUUAAAGACUUUCUAACAAAAAGUGUUUUCUUCUAGAAAUGCAUGCCAGAUAUGUCUGUGACAUGUCCAGUGUGCAAGUAUGAUUCUGCAUUCGCGCGAUUAUAUUCGCGCACGCGUGUCUGUGACUGCGUGUGAGUGCGAGUGUGCGUGCGUGCGUGCUGUAAAGUGUGACAUUUUUACCAUACCACACUUGUAUUUUUUGUUUUGUUUUGUUUGUUUGUUUUUUUUCUUCUCUUUUCUGGCUUCUGCAGCCAGACUGCCUUUUAAUGCUAAUGCAUUUGGAUGCUGCCUUGCAUUAGCCCAACCAGGGUACAGUUUACAACUGAAGGGUUUUGUUCCAAAAUGAUGUAUCCAACAUUCAGAGAACAAACAAAAAAGAAUCUACUUCUACAUGCAACGAUUCAUGUCACUUUUUGACAUAAUUAGCUGAAGUCGGCGGCCGACAAAAGGAAGAAGAUUCAAGAUUUUUGAAUAUUAACUUGAACUUGACAAUGACAAAUGGAUAUGUGACAUUUUGGAGACGAACCCUUCGUCUGCCCUCUGUGAGUGACUCUUUGUCCGUGUCACCACUGUGUGGGUUGACAUCUCUUUUGCUUAUAAGAAAUCAAUAGUUUGAUGUUUUUAGAGAUACUUCUGUUUGUUUUGGAGCUCGAGGCAGAGAUGAUACCAAAAUGUCUACAUGCUAAAUGUGAAGCUACAACUAGUUAUUUAGCACAGGGUGUCGUUUACUCCAUUUUCCAGUCUAAUAGCUAAACAACCUGGUUCUACUGCCCAGCAGGCGUUUAGCUUAGCUUAUUUUAGCAUAGCGUAGUUUAGCUUAGCUCACUUUAGCAAAAAAAUACAUUUUAAUUGGGAAUACUGCUUAAAUACAACUGGCAACCCACUGUGACAUCACCCAUUGGUGUGUUAAUGCCAUGAGACAUGAGUAAUAAUUUGGCCAGUGUUAUUUUGUUUUAAGAGAAUAAACUGUAUUUGGAAGAGUGGGGGUGGCUGAGAGCUCAUCCACUGCACCCACACCUUUACCUGCUGUCAAUCAUCUACAGCACAAAAUGUACGACGGAGUAUUUGGGCCAAAUUGAAAAGAAAAAAAUGUUGAAUUUUUGGAGAAUAAAGUGGUAACAUUACGAGAAUCAAGUCCUAAUAUGAGAAUAAAGUCGUAAAAUGAGAAUAAGGUAGUCAAAUUUCAAGAAUAAAAUCAUUUUUAAUCAAGCAAACAUGAUCAGCUUCAACCUGCCACAUGAUGAGAAAUUCAGAGCAAUUCCAUUUUGAAAUGAAAUGAAAUGAAAUAAUUAUACAAAAUCUCGUUUGGCCCUGAUACUCUGUUGUAAA